AUGACUGUAACUCUCCUAAAACGUUACAGAAAUCGAGCUGGAUUCGAAAGUGGCAAGGAAAACAUCAUUAAUCACUACUACUCCGACUCUGAUACUUAUCUACUGGUAGAUAGCGUUGCUGUAUUGGCAAAGAUGACAAGAGAGCAAGUUUGGGAGAUGUAUGGGUCCUUUUUAAUCGAGUAUACCAUGGAAAUCGGUUGGGACGAGUUGAUUAGGAGUAUGAGCCCCAAUUUGAAGGGUUUUCUAGACAAUCUCGAUUCGCUUCACUAUUUUAUUGACCAUGUCGUGUACAAAGCAAAUCUUCGUGGUCCAUCUUUUCGUUGUGAAGAAAAUUCUGACGGAACGAUCACCCUGCACUAUUUUACUGGCCGUCCUGGGCUAUAUCCGAUUGUUAAAGGCGUUCUGCGUGAAGUAGCACGACGAGUGUUUGACAUAGAAGUCACUUUAAGCGUUACCGGCAGAACUCAACGUAGCGUUCAGAUGAAUAGUGGUGAACGUAUAGAGGAGCAUGUGAUUUUUCUCAUCAAGAUCGCCGAUCAAAGCCGCGGUGCUAGCACUGAGGCAUUAACCAAUGGAUCACUGAAUGCUACAGAAUAUUUGGAUCAGUCGUUAAAAAUGAAUGCUCUCGAGUUCUGCACAGCAUUACCCUAUCAUGUCAUUAUCGAUGAACAUUGUCGUCUCGUGCAAACUGGGAAGGAAUUGGCUAAUCAUAUCCCGAAAGAGCUCUUGGCAGUGGGGACGCCUAUAAUGCGAAUUUUCGAAGUGAACAGACCUCAAAUCCCCUUCGAUUUUGACAAUAUUUGCAAUUUUAUCAAUGCAGUUUUUGUAUUGCAAGUGAGAACUUCACCUACAGAUAUGCGUAAUCAACGUGAACAAGGUGAUAGCUCAACUGGUACUAGCGCUGCGGCGGCGUUUCAUCAUGGGCAUCAUCUGAAGUUGAAAGGGCAAAUGAUGCUACUUAGCGAUAGCAAAAAAGAAAAACUACGGAUGCUUAUCUACAUCUGUUCACCAUAUGUUACUUCAAUUCCUGAACUUAUGCAAUUUGGAAUGCGACUGACAGCGAUGCCUUUGCACGACGCCACUAGAGACCUCAUACUUCUCAAUCAACAACGUCUCACCGAUGUUGAAGUGAACCUCCAGUUAGAGGCCAACAAUGAGCAACUGGAGAGCAUGGCAAAAGAACUUGAAGCUGAAAAACAGAAAACCGAUUUGAUUCUCAAAGACAUGCUUCCACUACCAAUAGCCAAUCAGCUGAUGAACGGAGAGCACAUUGAAGCUUGCCAGUACGAGCAAGCCACAGUAAUGUUUACGGAUGUGCCAAAUUUCCAGUCUAUACUACCACAUUCGCAACCUAAGGACAUUGUUCAAAUGCUGAACGAACUGUUUCAUCGUUUCGAUCGUUUAGUGGUCAUGCACAAGGUGUACAAAGUGGAAACUGUAGGAGACAGUUACUUGACAGUUGGAGGCAUACCUGAACAACUCUCCGAACAUGCGGAAAUGAUUUGUCAUGUGGCAAUUGGUAUGGUAUGGGAAGCGCGGUCAGUUUUCGAUCCUAUUGGCAAGAAACCCCUCCAAAUCCGCAUCGGAAUCCAUUCAGGACCAUUAGUUGCCGGAGUUGUCGCUGUAAAAAUGCCAAGAUACUGUCUGUUUGGCGAUACUGUCAGCAUGGCAUCCAGACUGGAAAAGUGUAGUUUACCUGGAAAAAUACACUGCAGUGAGAAAACCUAUAAACACGCCACACAAACAGGAAGAUUUGAAUUUACCAGUCGAGGACGAGUUUUCAUUAAGGGAAAGGGCGAUGUGGAGACAUAUUUUCUAGUAAGAAGCACGAAGAAAAGUGUUUGGGAGAUAAUAGACAGGGAAAGAGAUGUAGACAAGAACACUAUCGAUGGAUACGAAGAACUGGAGACGGGAAUGCCUGUAUCCGAACAACAACAAACUGUCAUUUUACCACCUGUGGCAGAAAAGUCGAAAACGUGCAGCAUUUCCUAA